UUAGGAUGGCGUAGUUUUGGUUGAGGUAAAGUAGGGGGGAAUCGUCCGGGGUGAAUCCUCGGCGGUGAAGGGCGCCGUCGUCGUCCUCCUCCAGCUGCGGAGACGGCGUACUGCGGCCGCCGUCGCUCGGUCGCCUUUGCAGGCGACGUCGGGUCGCUCCGUUAAGACUGUGACGGGUGUUUUAAUCCCCCCCUUCCCCCCCCUUCCCCCCCCUCCCCUGUACUACAACAACAACAACAAAAAGAGAAAUUAAAGCUGAGGAGAAAGGGGACGCGAAAGCGGAAGCGGACAGGCCGUAACCCGGACGCAGACGGCCCCCAGCCCGGUCGGUGCACGGCGGGUUUUAUUUGCUGCGUCAUCCGCGCUUCACAAUUAACAUUCUUCCCUAUAAUUGAGAACUAUGGAGAAUAAAAAAGGAACUUCAGAACAGAUCCUACUAGAGCCUUACUAUUAUGUGCUUCAGUUACCAGGAAAACAAGUGAGAACCAAACUUUCACAAGCCUUUAACCAUUGGCUGAAUGUCCCUGAAGAAAAAUUGCAGGUCAUCAUAGAAGUUACAGAAAUGUUGCACAGUGCUAGCUUGCUGAUCGAUGACAUUGAGGAUAAUUCCAAGUUGCGCCGUGGCUUUCCUGUGGCACACAGCAUCUAUGGUGUUCCAUCUGUCAUAAACUCGGCCAACUACGUCUACUUUUUGAGUCUGGAGAAGGUGCUGACCCUUGGCCAUGCAGAUGCUAUUAAAGUCUUCACUCAACAGCUACUGGAGCUGCAUCGUGGGCAGGGCCUGGACAUCCAUUGGAGGGAUACAUACACCUGCCCCACAAUAGAAGAUUACAAGGCUAUGGUACUGCAGAAGACUGGAGGGCUCUUUGGCUUGGCUGUAGGGCUCAUGCAGUUGUUCUCUGAAAAGAGAUUGGACUUAAAGCCUCUCCUUGACAAAUUAGGACUCUUAUUCCAAAUACGUGAUGACUAUGCAAACCUAUGUAGUGGGGAAUACACUGACAACAAGGGCUUUUGUGAAGAUUUAACAGAGGGCAAGUUUUCCUUCCCUCUUAUUCAUGCUAUCUGGUCACAUCCAGAAAGUACUCAGGUGCAGAAUAUUUUGCGCCAAAGAACUGAAAAUAUAGAUGUAAAGAAAUACUGUGUAAACUAUCUUGAAAAGGUGGGUUCUUUUGAUUACACCAAGCAGACUCUCAAAGAGUUGGAAGCAGAAGCUCACAAAAUUAUUAGCGAGCUUGGAGGUAACCCACAACUAACAGCACUAAUAGAACAACUUGGCCGACUGUAUAAAGAGAAUUAAAAGAACUUUCCCUUUUUUUCCACUUCUCACUCUUAAUUUCUUUAGCACCUUCCCUCUGUGCAUGUAUGCACACUGAUGCAGUCCUUUUACUCAUGAGCACCCUCUUGCUCAGUCUCAUGCUCGAGUGAAUGCUCUUGUGCUUCUCAAUCUUUCCUCCACAAAGGAUUUAACCAUGAAGUUGAGCUUGGGUGAUGAGAGUGAUAAGAUAUUAAGUCUGUAACAUCCUUUCCCUUAAGAGCAUUGGCUGAGAUGGAACAAUUGAUGUUUUAGUAUGGUGGUAAUUGGGUUCCACUGCACUGACAGGAGGAACUGAAAUAUGGUCCAUCCAUUUAAUAACUAUAUUUUGCAGAUGUAAGACUACUAGCUACCAUAAUACUAGUUAAAUUCUUGCUUGAUGUAUGUGCCUGACUCUUGCCUGUUCUGCCCUUCCCGUUCACCUGUUCUCCAACCUGUAGCAGCAACUGGAAGAGGCACUUAUUUUGCCAGUGAUCCCAAGUUUACAUGGAAGCAUUUGUUCUUGCUUGCCAUCCAAGUGCCAUUGGGAAAAAGUUGCAAGACAGAUGAACAAGAGACUGGGAUCUCACGAGAUUUUUGUGAAGGAAAGAUGCUGAGAUGGCAAUCGCUGAUAUUUUUUUUUAGACAAUCGCGAGCUUGCAGGUCAGCUUCUUGGUGCACUCAGACUGCAGGUGAAACUUAAUGUCUUGUUUCCUAACUGGUGUUGCUGUAACUUUGCUUGCCCUUGUACUAUGUGGGAAUGAAUGGUAUUCAUUGCAGUUCACCACAAACAUGCAAAUGUCCUCCCAGGGACAACAUACAAUACAUAAAGCUGCCAAUGUUGCCAGGCAUCGACCCAUGUAUAUGCAGCAUUUUAAAAAAAAAUUAAAUUGGUGCAAAUCAGUCUCCAACAGAUGGGCCUUUUCAGUGGUUUGUAACUCUCCUCUCCUGGUCCCUUGUUUGUGAACUUUGUGCAGAGAAUGAGACCUGGCUGCUUGCUUUCAGAACUGGACAUGGACUUUUUUCCCCUCUAAAAUGCAGAGGAUUUGGGUUUUUUGCUAUUGAACACGACUAGGAUAUCUUUUAAAUCAGGCUUUUGAACAAAACCAUUUUACAGUGGGGUGGUUGAAUCUUUUUAAUCCAUUUUUGAAUAAGAGAAAUCGUGAUUUCAAGUGCCAGAUAAGGCAAACCACACAGUGAGGGCAGAGAAAGAUUUAAAUCUUUGACUCCUGAGAGCUCAUCAGUCAUUUUCUGGGGACAAUUUCCCCCUAGCUCUGACAACACUGAACAUGACCUUAUUCACUUGACAGUAUUCCACAACCUGUUUUAAAUGCCAUGUUUUUGAGUUUUCUCGGCAUGAACCUUGUGCAGAGAUCCUCGUCCUUGAAUCUUACUGUAACAUUGGCAACCAAACCCCUUUUGAAACUUGUAUUAAGAAUCCAAAAUUUGUUGUCAUCUAUAAAUCACAGUUCCUUGAACAUGGACCAACUGAAAUGUAAAACCUUAUUACACAAAAGCUCACUGAUUCUAUUGUCUUUUUGAGGCACUUUAACAGCAGGACAGUGAACAGACAAUGCCCCAAUAUUCCACUUGCCAAGCUGUACCACCUGCAUGUUCAAUCCAUAGACAUUCUUGCAACUGCUACAUUACAUUUAACAGGGCAAGUGUUCUUAACACUAAAGAGUUGAUAAAAUUGGCCUCUGGAUAAAGGUUUUAGUUCUUACCCUCUCAUUUGAGCUGCAGUCAUUCUUAAAGCAGGCUACUCCUAUCCCCUGUGUAAGCAGGCUAGCCCUCAGUUAGUAUUCUCACUUACUUUUGCCUACAAAAAUUACCACUUCUAUUACCAUUAUUCCACUAAAGAUUAGGAAAUUUAGGGAUCUAAAUUUGAGAUUUAUUCCAGCAUAUAAAGGACAUAGGAACAAUAGUAUCCCUAGCCCUACUAAAACACUCCAGCUUUCUAAUAAUUGCAAUGGGUGACCAACUCCCAUAUCCCCAUUGCUUGCCCUGCCUAUAACAGGCCAUUGUUAAUGCUGAUAGGCAAAGGAAAUGUUUUUUGCAAUGUAAACCUUCCUGAUAAUCUUAUCCAUAGUCAUUAAUGUGUUUAACAAUGCCUCAUUUAAAAUCAAGUAUAAUAAAAACAGGAUACCACUAAAAACUUUAACUCAAGCUUUUAUGUAGAUUUGAGGCUGGCCUUUUCUGCACUAGUUGACCACCUGGUUAAUUUAUUUAUGGGGUCUUUACUAAAACCCCUGGACUAUCCUAGUACCUAAAUAUUUUGAGUGAACCUGGCUCAAUAAAAUCCAGGUUGAUAUUGUUACUCUAUCACCUGGCAGCCUUGUUAUAAAUGUUCUACUUUGAAGGCAUAUUUAAAAACCAGCAGUGGUCUUGUUAGUUUGUAAGCAAAUCUUUUAAACAAAAUCAGUCAAAUUUUAGGUUGCGGUUCAUGCCCUUAAGAAUUACCAAUGACUGCAGCAUUGUUGCAGCAAGAGCCACUCUGGACACAUUAAAGUCAUUAAGGUAAAAGCCACUCCCAUCCCUCUCCAGGGUACAUAAUGAAACAUCUGUAACACAAUUAAGGUUUGUUAAGUCAUUUGCAGGUUAAAUGUCCCAGUGCUGUGUGCCUUAACACUUCUGCCCUGCUCUUCCUACUCAUUUUGUUCCCUUGAGAGUUUUGAUAAGUUGUAAUUAAAGUUGGUUCCCUCUUCCCUAGACAAAGGAGGCUUCUGUUCACUUCAGCCUAAAUUGCACUUAAAGCAGAUCAGACCUAUGAAGAAUGAUACAGCCAGGAAAUUACACAGCCAAUUAAUCAGGAAGUGAUGAACAGGUAGUUGGCCUCAUUAAAUUAGAGGCAGGCUGUUCAGGAAUGAAAUCAGUAAGUAGUUCAAGAGCUGUUCAAAUCUAAAGUCUUGCAAAGAUCUGGUAUGCUGUUCAGACUGAGACAUGAUUAGUUUUCAGAUAAGAAUAUUAUGGCAAAUAUCAUUUGGGUACAACUCUACCAAGGCCCAACUGAAUGGCAUUAGGCUUCAGGACUUGAGGCCUGAUUCAUUAUGUUACCAAAAAUGGUGACUGUGUUCUGCUUGUUUUGCAGUAUCUUGAGCUAUUGGCCUCAUUGAAAACCCCAGUCUGUUUCUCUACCAUCCACUGUCCCAUCCAUACCAUCCUGCCAAUCUCCACAUGUUUGAUAAGAUUUCCCUUUUGGUCAGAAUUUGUAGAUCAAUACUGAUCAUUACCUUCUCUGAGACUGAAUCCUAUUACAUUUCUCUGCAUGAAAUGGUACGGUAGACUGCUCAUUGGCAUUGUAUGGAAUUCAGCUAAUACCUCCAAAUCUUGAUCAUGAUCAAGAAUUUACACUAUUCAACAUUUUUAAUAAAAUACUUCCUUGGCUCUUUCUAAAGUGACUAAUAGUCAGAGGUCAGCAAGCUAAUGAGUGUUCUAUCAAUAAUGUACCAAUAUUGAAUGGACUUUACACUCCUUGGAAGUGAUGGAUUUGCAUAACAAUUGGAUUUUGUACAAUUGUAAUAAAACAAUAAAAUCAACUACAAUAUCCAACAAA